AUGGUGGGUGACGUGGGAAUUACGGAGGAUCAAACCAGGCUCCACAUAAUUAAACGACAUGAGUUACGGCACCUUUUCACAGGAAAAAGGAACGCAGCAAAGCAAGGCUGGCAAAAAAUAAUUCAAGAUCUGGAUCUGCAUAGAACCACGCCCGAACAGUGCCGGAAGAAGUGGCUCAACUUGAUGGGAAAGUAUAAGGUAAUUAGGAUUUUUACAUCAGCAGCGGGUAUGCCAGACCUUUCAUUCAGAACGAUCAGCGACCCCGGGAGGCGAAGCGACAGCGAGCGACGGGAGGAGAGGCCGAAGCCGCAGAACAGAAGCGAUGUGAUGGAGCGAAUCCUAACGAAUGUAGAGAGGCACACGGAACUGAUGGGGAGGAUGUUUGAUUAUUUAUGA